UGCGUUACUGAAGGGCUCAUCUUGCACUGAUGUCUGGCAGCCCUAUCUUGGUUUGUUGAUGUUUUUCAUUUCGAUCUCGGUUCCGUUCGGUAGUGACUUCGUAAUCAAGAUGAACAACUGUCGCGUGUGUUUGAAACCAUGUAAAGCCAACUCACUUUUCAAGAAUCGCUUUUUCCGGGAGAAGUUUCAAGACAUCCUCUGCAUGUGGGUUGACCCGAAACAGGAUUCUAGUUUGGUUGAUGUUUGCAAAGAAUGCGAAGCCGAUGUCGUAGAAUUCUAUUCAUUCAAGCAUCAAUGUCGGAACAUAAUUCGUGGCAUAACCGAUCCGACACCUAUGAUAGAGGAUCACGAGAAAUUUUGUCCGCCUGAAAAUGCGGACAAGGAUAAUGAGCCUAACGAAUCGAAUACCUUGCAAUCUCUGCUGGACAAUUGUGCCGAAACAGUGGAGCUCUCCAUUGAAACUUUGGAAAAUAGGAACAAUGACGAAACAGAAAAGCCUGCUCCAAAAUCUAAAAAGAUGAUCCAGUCUCGAAAAUUGAAGAGGUCUCUUUCAACAUCUAACGCAAGGCGUAGAAAAUACAGAUUUAAAACACCAGAGGAGCGAUUGAGAGAAAAAAUGCGAACGAAACGACCAAUCCGACGUAAAACAGCAGCAGAAAAGGCAAUGGAUCCUGAAGAGUAUAAAAAGUACUACUACCACAUGACAAUUGAAAAAUACAAGAAGACAUGCGAGCUUUGCGGCAAGAGAAUACAUUCGGAUCGAAUGGAUGGCCAUAUGAACGGCCACAGGGGGUUGACACCAUACACGUGCGAGAACUGUGGGCUGAAGUUCAACUGUAAAAUCAAUCUGAGGGCACACAUCCAACGGAUGCACAUUACUGGUCAUGAAGUUAAAUGCCCUCAGUGCGACAAGGAGUUUACCAAUGAGAAGAAACUCAAACUACACAUUUCUUCGGUGCACGAUGAGAAGAAAUUCCAGUGCAGCUUGUGUGGGCUUAAGAUACUUAACAAGUAUUCUCUGCAACGACACAUGAACAUCCACACGCAAACGCGAGACUUUGUGUGUCCGCACUGUGGCAAGGCGUUCUACUGCAAGAGCGUUCUGACUAUCCACUUGCGAACGCAUUCCGGCGAGACUCCUUAUGUUUGUAACACUUGCUCGAAAGGUUUCAUCCAUCGACGGAUCUACGUAAUGCACAUGCAAAAGUUCCACCCGGGAGAACCGUUGAUGCAGCUGAAUGGAAUCAAAGCGAUGAAGGAUACGCUGAUGAAGAAAUAUUAAACCGCUGUUGGUUCUUAAAGAAUACUAAAAAUAUUGCUACAAUUGUUAGUACACAUUUGGAUAAUAUUGUAAUAAACUUAAAUAUCGUGAUCGUGUAAGUUCA